GUUCUUCAAUAUUGCUUAGCAACACUUCGGCAGCGCCCAAAAAUGGCGAGGAAGCAGUGGAGAAAUACGAUUAAACUUCAAAACUUGUAUCCAUUGAUGCUAGCAGCGCUUUCCAACAUUGAGAGCUCCUCCUCUCUAACCCUUCUAAAGAAAUGCCUAAAGAAACUCCAUCUCUUCCUCCUCACGAGAAACCCCCAAAUCUCAAACCCUUCUUCCUUCUUCUCUAUCCUUCCGAUCCUUCUCAGAUCCAAGUUCCCUGAGAUUGCAUCUCUCAGCGCUAAAAUUGUUGGGGCUGCUUGCCUUUCAUCGUUUGAAAUGAAUGAAGUGAUUGCCUCUGAUACUGCAAUUGUUGAAAGUUUAGUGGCGGCUCUGUUGUGUAGGAAAAAAUGGGUUUCGAAAGCUGCCUGCAAUGCUGUCUUGGAUCUUUCCACGACACCAAUUGGGCGACAACGACUGUCUGAAUUCUCCGUUGUGGAGAAGCUUAUGUCUGAAUUUCUUCCGGUUGCAGACUGCCUUACAAGAACUGUUUCUCUGCACAGCACGGAAAAGGGAUAUGGUAACCAUGGCAGAAUAGGGUUCGUGAUAGAUGGACUUCCAGCAUUACUUCUUGAUGCAUCAAUAACCCACAUCAACUCAUGUGAUAUGGAGCAGUUGGAAAUGAUCCCAGUGAAGCUCUCUGAAACCUUCUUGAGUCAUUUGAAACAGUUGUGGGUAAAAGCCCGAAAUCAGAUGUUGUGGGGUAGUGAUGCAGGAGGCAGCCAAGAUAGAUAUUACUAUAGCAAUGUAAAAUUGCAUGAUCUAGCAGAAAGCAUUUUCAGGCUUAGUAUUGAUCCUGGUCAACAUUCUGCCACAUGCUCAUUGGAGGUGAUUAAAAGAAACAUAUUUGGUCCAACCAAUUCUUACUUUGAACAUUUUGUGUUAAACUAUUGGGAGGACUCACCCUAUCUUUUGAGGGGGCCCUCAAAUGGCUUCAAUGAUCAUGGUGAUUUUCUUAGUUUCUUUUUUGAGUCUUUGAGUUCUAAAGGAUCAAUUGAUUCCAUCCUUUUGUCCAUGUUGCACACCUUUAUUUCUUGCCCUCCUAUUCUUUCUGACGAACUAGACAUUCUUUCUUUCCUGAAAGAGGUCGAAGAUGGAAUGGGUUGUCCUAUGGUAUAUGGGCAGGAUGUCCGAGUCCUAAAGGCAGUGGAUGUGACUUCUGACCCUAGGCAAGGGCAAUUGAAAAGGGAAGUCCAUUUUUUUGGGGACACCACAGAUUCCAGCACUAAUAAUUCUCAUUUUAUUGAUAGUUGCAACAUCCAAAAAUGUAUGGAGGCAUGUAAACAGGGCUACACAAUAGCAAUCCGCGGGAUGGAGUUCCGCUCUGAGAAAAUUGCUACUAUUUCAGAUGGGUUGGCAGUUCUGUUUGGUCAACCUUCAGUAGGUGCUAAUCUGUACCUAACUCCACCCAGAUCUCAGGGUUUGGCGAGGCAUUAUGAUGAUCAUUGUGUGUUUGUUUGUCAACUUCUUGGAGUUAAGCUUUGGACAGUCUUCUCUAGAGUUGCAGUCCUAUUGCCUCGAUUAUAUGAACCUCUUGAUAAGUUGCCAGGUGCAGAGGAUGAUAGUAAUGCAUCACAAUACAAACAGUUCUUGCUGGGAGAAGGUGACAUUUUGUAUAUUCCUCGAGGUUGUCCUCAUGAGGCUCGGACAAUCACAGAUGAUGGUGGACCCCUUGACAAUGACUGUUCCACCGGAUAUUCCUUACACUUGACACUUGGGAUUGAAGUUGAGCCUCCCUUUGAGUGGGAGGGAUUUGCUCAUGUUGCGCUUCAUUGCUGGAACCAGAACCAGCAAACUACCCCAACAACGAUCGAUGGUGUAUCUUUGGAUGUUCUUAAUGUCGUGUCUGUAAAUCUGUUGCACAUUGCAAUCAGACUACUAGGAGAACGGGAUCCUACCUUUAGAAAAGCUUGCAUGGUUACUGCAUUUUCUCUGCCAUCAAAUACCACAAGAAAAUGGUGGUUUCACACCCCUGAGCUGAACCAUAGAACAACUUUCAGUUAUGUAAUUGAUACAAUUGACAAAGAGUCCAAGUUCUCUGAAGUGUUUAAAACAAUUGAAGCAGGUGUUCAGAAGAAUGAAGAUCCGUUUCGACAGAUGGGAUGGAUGCAACACCUUUGUCAGGAUGGAGUAAUAGUGAAAGAACUAGACUGGAGUCGAUCUUCAAGUAAAUACAAAGAUUUCCUUCUUUUAUGUACUGGACAUAGAGAGGAAGCUGAGGUUGCAUUUACACAGGUUAAAUGUAAAUUCUGCAGGGAUAUAGCAUACGAUGAUGCAUGUGAGAACUUUAUGAUACUGCUUGAGAAGUACAGGAAAACCAGAAAGCAAUACAUGAAUGGGAUGCUUUCACUGCAUUGUAAUUAGAUACGUAUCACCUGUUGCCUUGCUCCCCAAAUCGGAUCUUAUUUUUUGAGAUUAUUACUCUUGUUACUUUUGAGAUCUUGGUUGAUGCUAUCUGUGAAAUCAGCCUCACAAAGUAAUAUUUUUUGUUCUUA